AGCCACUUGUUGCGCGCAUAGGAAAUAGGAAAUCGGUCAAUAUUUCAAUAUGCCGAAGCCAAUCCAGUUAUAUUACGAUUUCCUGUCACCACCCUCCCGUGCCCUGUGGAUUGCACUCAAGUGGGGCCAGACCCCUUUCGAAGAUUGCCCCAUUGCCCUGCGUAAAUUCGAGCAGUUGACGGAUGAAUACAAGAAGAUAAAUCGUUUUCAGAAGGUUCCCGCCAUAGUGGACGGAAACUUUCAUUUGGCCGAAACUGUGGCAAUUGUGCGAUAUCUUUCAGACAAAGGUCAAUUCAGCGAACAGCUAUAUCCCAGGUCUGUGGAGGAACGUGCCCGCGUUGAUGAGUAUCUGGAGUGGCAGCACUUGAACAUUCGCGUGGCCUGCUCAGUUUUCUUUCGCGAAGCUUGGCUUUUCCCCAUAAACGGGCUUGCCCCAAUGCCAAAACCCGAGCAGAUUCAACAGCUCAUAAAAGACGUGGAAACUAACUUGGGCCUCUUGGAGGUUGUCUGGCUGGAGAAAGACUAUCUGAUUGGCGAUCAUUUGACAGUGGCCGACCUUUUUGGUGCCACCGAAAUCAAUCAAAUUAAGCUUUGCCAAUACACUGUGAAUGGGAAACAAUUUCCCAAAGUAGCCAAGUGGCUGGAACGUGUCCGCGUGGCAGCCAAUCCUUACCACGACGAAGCACUUACAUUUGUGUACAAAAAGUCCAAACAGGCGGCUUCUGCCAAGCUUUCGUUGGAUUCUUUUUCAAAUAUAACAUAUCAUAGCAUUCAAAUGUCCAAGGCAAUUAAAUAUUAUUAUGAUUUCUUGUCGCAACCAUCCCGUGCGCUAUGGAUUGGAAUGAAGUUGGGCAAGACCCCAUUCGAUGAAUGCCCCGUGGCCCUUCGAAAACGCGAGCAAUUGACGGACGAGUACAAGAAGAUCAAUCGUUUUCAGAAGGUUCCAGCUAUAGUGGAUGGCAAUUUUCAGUUGGCUGAAAGUGUGGCCAUUGUUCGCUAUCUUUCAGACAAAGGUCAAUUCAGCGAGCAGCUCUAUCCCAAGACUUUGGAGGGACGUGCGCGUGUCGAUGAGUUUUUGGAGUGGCAGCAUUUGAGCAUUCGACUGACAUGCGGACUUUUCUUUCGGAGUGCCUGGCUAUUUCCCGUAAAUGGCAUUGCUCCAAUGCCUAAGGCCGAGCAGAUUCAAAAGAUGAUUAAGGAUGUGGAGGCCAAUUUGGGACUCUUGGAGCGCCUCUGGCUGGAGAAGGACUUUCUAAUUGGAGAUCAGCUGACUGUGGCCGAUAUUUUCGGUGCUUCCGAAAUAAAUCAAAUAAAGCUCUGUCAGUACAAUGUAAGCGAGAAAAAAUUUCCCAAGAUAGCCAAGUGGCUGGAACGUGUCCGCGAAUCUGCCAACCCGUACUUCGAUGAGGCCCACAGCUUUGUGUACCAGAAGAGCAAGCAGGCAGUCAGUGCCAAGGUGUAACAGUUUAGGAAUCGUACCAGCUACAAUUGCAUUUGUUUUAAUGUUGUAAGAGUGCCUUUUUGGAGUGUGUUUCCUUUGUUUUGUAUUGAUUAGAAUUCAUUAUUAAAUAACUAUUUACUAAA